GUGGAUGGGGAGAAGUUCUGGUCGGAAGGCAGAAAUUCCUGUUCGACAGGGGAGAGAUACUCGUACUAGGAGAGAAGUUCCCGUGGAAAGAGAGAAAUUCUCGUGGACUGUUCGCUUCGUCUUUCGAUUGUAAGGGAAAUUCCUGUUGAAAGAGGAUGGGGAGAAAAUGUGGUCGGAAGAGAGAAAUUCCUGUUGGACAAGAGAGAAAUUCUCGUACGAGGAGAGAAGUUCCCGUGGAAAGAGAGAAAUUCUCGUGGACUGUCAGUUUCGUCUUUCGAUUAUUAGAGAAAUUCCUGUGGAUGGGGAGAAAUUCUGGUCGGAAGGGAGAAAUUCCUGUUCGACAGGGGAGAGAUCCUCGUACUAGGAGAGAAGUUCCCGGGGAAAGAGAGAAAUUCUCGUGGGCUGUUGGUUUCCUCUUUGGAUUAUUAGAGGAAUGCCUGUGGAUGAGGAGAAAUUAUGGUCCCCUAAAGGGGUUUAUUGUUAAUUAAAAGUUAAUUGUGAAUGUUACAGUUAUUGAUUAACAACUGAAAGUUAAAAAAUACAAAAUUGUUCAAUGAAUGACUUUGGGUUUUCUGUUAUUUGUGGAGCUCUGAGUACUCUAGUGGAGAAAUCAAGCCAAAUAACGAGGAUACGAGGCGAGACUACAUGCUUUGAUUUCAUACUUUCUAGAUGUAAGGGAACGCGACAUGAUUUAUCUCGCUUGCGGGUAAUGCGACAUCAUGCAGUGAUGAUCGUUGUAUCGCAUGAAAGAGCAGUAGUCAAAGUUCAACUUUGUCAGACGUAUUACGUGUCUAUCAGACGAUCUUUUCUAUGCCCGACAGGACCAAACUUUUCUUAGUCCAAAAUUCUGCAUCUUCUUCUUUGAUUCUGUGACACGCUCUGUGACGCUCGUUUUCCAGUCUUUCGGUAAAUAGCGUCAUAAUAAUAAAUUGCUCGUUUCAGGUACGACAGUGGAAAUGAUUCGUACUAAAAGAAAUAUCAAGUGCUUUCGGCUAGUGUUGGAAAGCGAAGAAAAAUAUGUCUGUCGUAAUAUAUUGAUUUAUCGCUGACUUAACAUGUUAUGAAUGCCAAUAAUUCGACCAAAAACUACAGCCAUCUGGAGCGCGUAUUUGCCUUGAGUUAUUCAGAAAAGCAGGCGAGACGUACGCCCCCUCACACCCCUUCCUUAGCCACGGCACUGCAUAUCCUUCUACUGAAAGUUUAGACUGUUUAAAGUGGAUAAGAGUUUUUUAUGCGAGUUCUGAAAAAAGCUCGCUACGUUAAAGGGCGAACAUCCACUUAAGGUCUACCUUAAAGAGUCAGAGAUGUCACAAUCCCAUUACGGCACGUAUUCAACAACAACUAGGCUCAAUCCCAGUACGGAACAUCGGAGUACUGCCGAUUCCGUACCCUCCUCUUCUCCGUAUCUUCUACAUAGUUGAGUGAUAUGAAGAUUUUGAGGACUUUGCUGUAUUACGGUAUCCGUAUCGUACUCUUAUCUGUAUUUUCUAUUUAGUUGAGGGAUAUGAGGAUUUUGAGGGUUUUGCUGUAUUAUGGUAUCCGUACCGUACUCUUAUCUGUAUAUUGUAUAUAGUUGAGGGAUAUGAGGAUUUUGACGGUUUUGCUGAAUCAACAUCAUAUGGGGAUCAAAUGAUAGGUGGGGCGGAGAAAACUGCAAAAUUCGAUGUAUCGCUACUCGCUGGCACGCAUACUUAA